AGGGGUUUGUUUGACUCAACCGGGUACCAACUUCGUCGCUCCGCUGUGCGAGUCCUUGCAGAAACCCUGGAAGAGGGGCAAAGGAACUCGAGUGAUCGCGUGCCUGCUUCUUCGAUUCUCUCGUAAUUCGUGCGUUUUCGGAGUCGCUAAUGGAGGAGGAAGAGAUCCAGAAAGCGGUGGCCGCUUACCUGAGGAAGAAGGGCUUCACGAAUACAGAGCUCGCCCUUCAGGAAGAGCAGAAUCGCGUCUCCUUUUCUUCCAACUCCGAUCACUCAGUAUCCAGAUUAGAGAAUGGUCCAGUACGAUAUAGUGAUGGUUAUAGCAAGCUACGCUUGUGGGCCUACAGUUCACUGGACUUGUACAAGCAUGAGCUGCUUCGUGUGCUUUUUCCAGUUUACAUACACUGUUUCAUGGAUCUUGUGGCAGGAGGACAUGUACAUGAAGCUCGAAAUUUUUUCCACACAUUCCGUGAAGAUCAUGAAUCAAUGCAUUUAAGGGACCUUCAGAAACUCGAAGGAAUCCUUUCUCCCUUACAUUUGGAGGAGAUCGAAUUGUCUCGUUCUUUUAGGCAGAACAAAUUCAAAAUAAAAAUGUGUGAGUAUUCGUAUGACCUCCUUCUGCAGUACCUUCAGAAAACACAAUCUUUUACCAUGCGUGGGGUAAUCAAUGAACAUAUUGAUUUUGAAGUUUCUCCUGGACAGCCAACCUCGAGUUCUGGUGAUGCAGACUUUGUGACCAUAGAAGGGAGAAAUAACGAUCUGGUUAGACAGAUAAAUCAGAAAGAAAUACACUGGGGGGUGCUUGAGGACUCUUUAGAACAGCAUUUGGAGAGGCCAGUUUCAGAUUCUGAGAAGGCUGAGAGCGCAAACAAAGAAGUGAAUCCUGAGGAUAACAAGAAGAGGCCACUUGAUGGAGGAAAGCAGGGUAUUCCUGUCAAAAUGGUUAAAAAGGACAAACUCGUCAACAUGGUGGGGAAAAAUGUUCGCUCAGAGACGAGUGCAGUGUCCGUGGCCCCACGUGUGAAACCAGAGCUAACUCUUCCUACAACGCUUGUGGAAGUUGAACAGGCCAUUCUGGAGGACCUACGCAGUCGAGUACAAUUAAAUAGCUUGGCACUGCCAUCUAUUAGCUUCUAUACCUUCGUAAACACUUGUAACAGGUUAAAUUGUUCAUCUAUAUCUCAAGAUGGCUCAUUAGUUGCCGGUGGAUUUUCAGAUUCAUCCCUGAAGGUCUGGGACAUUUCAAAGAUUGGCCAAUUAGUAAAAUCCUUUUUUGUGGAGCAGUUCAGUCCUGUUGGCCAUUAUUUUGCUAGUUCUUCACAUGAUCGGACAGCUAGAAUUUGGUCAAUGGAGAGAAUCCAACCCCUAAGGAUAAUGGCUGGACAUCUUUCUGAUGUUGAUUGUGUUCAAUGGCAUGCAAAUUGUAAUUAUAUUGCAACUGGUUCGAGCGACAAAACAGUCAGAUUAUGGGAUGUACAAAGUGGGGAGUGUGUACGCAUUUUCAUUGGUCACAGGAGUAUGAUAUUGUCAUUGGCAAUGUCUCCUGAUGGGCGUUAUAUGGCUUCUGGUGAUGAAGAUGGUACAAUAAUGAUGUGGGAUCUCUCAAGUGGUCGUUGUGUUUCACCAUUAGUAGGACACAGCUCUUGUGUUUGGACACUUGCUUUCAGUUGUGAAGGGACACUACUUGCUUCUGGGUCUGCUGACUGCACCAUAAAAUUAUGGGAUGUCACGGCCAGCACGAGGGCAUCAAGGAUGGAGAGCAAAUCUAGCAGCUCAAACCGUUUGCGGCUGUUAAAAGCUCUCCCUACCAAAUCUACUCCUGUUUAUACAUUACAGUUCUCUAGAAGGAAUCUUCUGUUUGCAGCUGGAGCACUGUCAAAAUGCUCAUGACGAUUGCUGUUCUCAGCUGCAGGUGCGCAAACAUGCACGGGACAUCUUACCAUGACUCCUAAUCAAUGCCCUUAAACCAUCUUAGUUGGUAAAAGGGCUGCUAUUUAUGAAACUCUAGGUUCUGAGUAUUUAUAUUAGCUAUGUAUCAGAAAUAUGUUCCAUUCUAGAGUGCUAAUUUUACCUGUUGAUGAAUGAA